GAGCAAUUUACCUUUCCCGGAAACUGCAGGGUGGACUUUUCUUAUGUUUUUCUUCUUGCUACUCUUCAGUAAAAGUCACAAAUGUCAAAUUUACAACUAAUAAUUGUCCUGUUAAUAGAGUUAUGUCAUGUCAUUUUACUGCUUGUUUUAUUAAUGCUGUAGAAGUAUUAGGUGACUUCUACAGUAGGUUGUUUUUGGAGGAUUUUAUUGAAAAACAUCAAAUUGAAAAUGUAAAAACAUGCCACACGCUUUAGAUAUUUGUAGAAACUUCUUUCUUUUGUUGGCUUAUCAUGUCAAAUCCCAACAAAACACAUCAAGGUUUAUAGAUAGAAUUUGGAGAAAUAUCAAAAGGUUUUGCAAAAAUGUUAGAUUUAUGAGGAGAAGUCAUUUCUCUUCUUUCACAAGCAUUUCCUCUGCCCUGGUUUGCUUACCAGUUUAGAACCAACUCAAAUAAUACGACAAAUUGAGUUUUGGGUUUGAAAAUAUGAACUUAAUCUGAAUAUUUCAAGCUAUUUCUGCAGAUUGUGGGAGCCAGCUGUUCAGGGAGGAGUUUCAGAGUGUUGGGGAAACUUUCUGUCAUCACAUCUCAGGUCUCCCCCUUUGGCCUGUUCACUGGGAGGGUCUGUGAGCGGUUUAUGUCUGAGCUGCCAUUCAGCGGAUGCUCAGUGGGCCCCGAUCAGCGUGGAUUUAACUCCUGAGCGGCUGGCUAACAGGUGGCGUUCAGGGGAAACAGUGGAGGUCUCUGCUGAAGGGAAACAGCAGCAUGUCGGGGAUCCAGACGUGGUCACUUCUCCUGGUUCUCUGUGCUGGCAGCUUGGAGGCUUGGUGGUUUUCCAAACAACCCCAACCUACAACAGGAAGCCCAACUACAGAAGGAGCCACCACUCCCAGUGGGGCGUUGGAGACGGAAGGGGCGGAGGAUGGCAAAUUAUCGCAGGUUGGGGAGGAAAUCCUUAAAGUGGCAACUGGAAUACGUAAGGUUGUCGACGACUGGGAUGCGACUACAACCGCCUGGACUACCAGUGGAGGCCUGACAGGGACGGUGGAGGCAGCAAAGCCCAACAUUACAGAUGAAAAAGAAAAAAGCGAUGUCUUUUUGCACCAGCUGGUUGGAGAUCCUCCACCGGAUUCAAUAGCCAAAGUUACAGUGGCCAGAGGAACUGCCUACAGGUUUACCUCAGCGUCGUCAUCAGGACAACUGGCCAAGGACUUUGUCCCCAGUCCUUUCUACAGGGACUUCACCAUCAUUUUCCACCUCAAAGCUUCCUCUCCUGCUGCAUCCGUCCUCUUCUCCAUCACAGACAGCGCCCAGAAACUCAUGUACAUCGGUGUGAAGCUCACUGCAGUGCAGUCUGACCGUCAACAGAUCCAGUUCUUCUACACUGACCCCGAUUCUGAGUCUUCGUAUGAGGCAGCCAGCUUUUACGUUCCAAGGCUUGAUGUCCACUGGAACGUUUUAGCUCUGUCUGUGCAUGACGAGCAGGUCAGUUUCUACUCAGAUUGUGACAGGGAUCCAGAAGUGCUGAGGUUUGAGCGCUCGCCCGAUCCGAUGGACCUGGACGCAGGAAGUAUGAUCUUUGUGGGUCAAGCAGGAAGAGCUGAUCCAGACAAGUUUAAGGGUGACAUUGGAGAGCUAAGACUUGUGGGAAACCCUCAGGCAUUUCAGGGUUUCUGUGACUAUGAGGAUUACCCUGAUGAAGGUUCUGGUGAUGGUGGCAACAAAGAAGCUGACAGGAGACGGAAAGACAACACUAAAACGACCACUUUUCCACCCCUCCGUCCAGUACCUGUACCCCCGAUUUCAUCCCAAUCAGGAGGCAGAAGAGGAACCUCAGGUGAGAAGGGCGACAGAGGAGAGAAAGGCCUGAAAGGGGACAGAGGCCCUGCAGGGCCAAAGGGGGAUUCAGGCAGCAGCUCAGGCUCAAGUUUUUCCUCUCAGGGUAGUGUGCAAGGAGACAAAGGAGAAAAAGGUAAAAAGGGUGAUACUGGUUUUAGAUACCCUGGCAAAAAGGGUGAACGUGGCGUUCAGGGGCCUCCAGGUCCUCCCGGUCCUCCAGGCCCUGCGGCUGAGGUUAUUCGACUCGGCGACGGCUCUGUUGUGCAGCCGUUGGCUGGUCCAGCUGGACCACCCGGGCCACCAGGGCUGGAUGGGGCUGAAGGACCUCAAGGGGCUGAUGGACAGCCUGGUGAUCCAGGAGAGGAUGGAAAAGCUGGUCCUGCUGGACCGCAGGGUAUUCCAGGAAUUCCAGGAGCAGCUGGUAUGAAAGGCCAAAAGGGUGAACCUGGAGAGGGUUCCCCUGGACCAAGAGGUCCCCCAGGUCUUCCAGGACCUCCAGGACCUGGCACUGGUGAUCGUCCAACAUUUGUUGACAUGGAGGGUUCAGGAUUCCCAGACCUGGAAACUUUCCGGGGUGCACCUGGUCCUCCUGGACCUCCUGGUCCGCCCGGCCGUCCUGGGACACCUGGUACUUCAGUAGCCAUCGGACCUGAUGGUCCAGUAGCCUUUGGACCUCCUGGGCCGCCUGGACAAGACGGAGUGCCUGGCCUACCAGGCCCACCUGGACCUCCUGGCCUCCCUGGUAGACCCGGGUUCAGAGGAGAAAAGGGUGACGGUGGUGACCUUGGCCUUCCAGGUCCAGCUGGGGAAAAGCAAGACACAACGGACUCCAACCCUUUCAAUUACCUCUUCUCUUUCUUUGCUCCGUCCUCUACGGGUGGUCAGGGCGAUGCGGGAAGGACGGGUACACCUGGACAGUCUGGUUUGGCAGGACUUCCAGGUCCCAUGGGACCAGUCGGGCCUCCAGGGCCUCCUGGACCACCGGGGCCACCGUACCUUGCUGGCAGUGGGAACCAAAAUGAGGUCCUAAAUGCCCUGCCUGGCCUCAGAGGUCCACCUGGACCACAGGGUCCACCUGGCAUUGCUGGUCUGCCUGGUAAGCCAGGUUUUCCAGGGGACCACGGAGCUAAAGGAGCAGAGGGACCAAGGGGACCUCCUGGGAUUCCAGGCAUUGAUGGAUAUCCUGGAACACCAGGUAAACAGGGAGAGAAAGGAGACAAGGGAGAGACGGGUCGUCCAGGUCGAGAUGGUGGACCACCUGGGCCACCCGGACCGCCUGGACAACCAGGACAGAUUCUCUACCAGCAAGGGUCAACAGAUUUUAACGAGGUUUAUUGGAACGAUUUGGGACAGAGCGGAUCAGGGCGCGCAGGAUUCCCAGGACCAGCGGGGCCCAAAGGAGACAAAGGGGACGCUGGUGCUCCAGGAUAUGCUCCUAAGGGACAGAAAGGAGAGCCUGGCAUUAUCAUGGGACCUGAUGGGAGACCGUCAUAUCUGGGAGGCCUGACAGGACAGCCGGGUGAGAGAGGAAGUCCUGGCCCAGUGGGACCUCCUGGUCCCCGGGGUCCUUCUGGACCAAAAGGAGAGAUUGGUAUCCCUGGGAGAUCAGGUCGACCAGGAUUAAACGGGGUCAAAGGAGAGAAGGGAGACUCUGGCGGUGGGUCUGGAUACGGUUACCCUGGCACCCCAGGACCUCCGGGGCCCCCCGGACCUCCUGGACCUCCAGGCGGGUAUGACAAGUACUCAAGGAAUUACGCAGUUAAAGGAGAGAAAGGCGAUCCCGGACCACCAGGAAUACUUGAAAUUCAAGGUCUGGGAACAGGCUUUGACUUUUACACUUUAAAGAAUGAGUUGAAAGGUGAAGUGGGUUUGAAAGGAGAGAAAGGAGAACCAGGCGGCGGUUAUUAUGACCCCCGGUACGGAGGCGGAGCUGGCUCACCAGGACGGCCUGGACCACAAGGUCCGAAAGGAGAAUCGGUUGUUGGUCCACCGGGCCCUCAGGGGCCUCCUGGAGCCCCAGGAAGAGGUUAUGACGGUCGACCUGGACCACCAGGGCCACCCGGACCUCCAGGUCCAGCCUUAUCUGGGCCCUAUGGAGGAACACAGACUAUCAGUAUUCCUGGACCCCCAGGACCUCCUGGAGCUCCAGGUCUUCCAGGACUCUCCUCAGGAGUGACAGUCUUUAGGUCUUACGACACCAUGGCGGCCACAGCUAGAAGGCAGCCUGAAGGAUCUCUGGUGUACGUUAUCGACCAAACGGAUCUCUACGUACGAGUCCGGGAUGGAGUCCGACAAGUUCAGCUUGGGAACUACAUUUCUUUACCAAGUGAAUCGGGCGUUGCAGUCGAGGCGUCGCGCCCCGUCAUCCAGUCCCCAUCACAGUCAAACCCAGACUCUGAUCCCCGGUACCGACCUGACUCUCGGUACCAGACAGAUCUGGUUUACCCACAGCCAUCAAAUCCCAGAUACCCGAGUUACACGGACCGCUUCAACCAGCCGGACGGUCGGUAUUUGGACCCCCGCUACCCGGUCACCCGUCCUCAGAGACCGCCGCCUCCGGUUCCCCAGGCUCCCAUCCACAGACACACCUCAGGACCAGCGCUCCACCUGAUUGCGCUGAACAGCCCUCAGAAGGGCGGCAUGCGAGGCAUCUCCGGCGCAGACUUCCUGUGCUUCACCCAGGCCCAGGCCAUCGGGAUGAAGGGAACUUUCCGAGCCUUCCUGUCCUCCAAACUGGAAGAUCUCAACAGCAUCGUUUACAGCUCCAACAGGGAAAACGUGCCAAUAGUCAACCUGAAGGAUGAGGUUCUGUUCGACAACUGGAACCGCAUUUUCAGCGACGGCAGAAUGAGGGACAAUGUUUCGAUCUACUCCUUCGACGGCAAAGAUGUUCUCCAAGACGACACAUGGCCAGAGAAGAUGAUGUGGCACGGGUCGACAAGCAGGGGUCAGCGGGACGUCAACAACUACUGCGAGGCGUGGCGCGUCGGGGAACGGGCGCUGACGGGCAUGGCUUCGCCGCUGCAGAGCCGCAGCCUGUUGCAGCAGAGCUCCAGCAGCUGCUCCAGCUCCUACGUCGUGCUGUGUGUCGAGAACAGCUACAUCCGUGACAGCAGGCAAAGAUAGAUCUAGUCUAAGCUUUAAUUUGUCCGUACACCGUUUGUGUUGCAUUGUAUAUAUGUUUUUAUCAUGAAAUAUCACUUUAUGUUUGUUUAGCCUGGAUUUAUGGUGCUAGAGAGAAUCAUCCUACACAUCUGGUUAAACUCAGGUGACUCAGUCUUAUGUUGGAGGAAUAUCAUUGUUUUCUUGCUUACCUUGGGUUUCAAACUGCUUCACUACUCUAAAGUUAAGGCAGGCCAGGAAUUAAUCUUCCUUUAUUGUAGUUCAUUCAUCCAUCCUUCCUUUGUUCUCCAACUUUCUGAGAUUAAGUUACAUGGGUAACAAGUUCAGGAGGGAAACCUGUUCCAAGUGAUUCUCUGCAGCUAUGUUAGGAGAUUCCAGGACAUUUGGAAGGUAAUGCACUCCUCCAAGUGGAUUCUGGGUGUCUUCACGUAUCUCCUCAGUGCAAAAUGCCUGGAGAAAACUCUAAAGACCAUCCAAUGAAGCAUCCAAAGCACCUCGAUUUACUUCAAUGUGGAAGAGCAGUGGCUCUACCAGUAGAGCUACUAGUGGCUUGAAGAUGCAAACAGAAUCAUAUAGUCUGCAAAAACCAAAGAUGAGUUCCUGAGGUUCUCAAGCAAGCUGCAACUACACCUUGGUCUUCUCUAGGUUUAUCCUAGAGAAGACCAACUUUGUGCCUAGAAUGCAAACAGCGAUCGUAAGUCUUGGAUUGGAUCUUCAAGGACUGGAUACUCCAACAAAAUUCAUUGGGGAACAAGGUCGUAACCUUUCUCCACAUCCACAAAAUCAAUUUGGAUUGGAUAAUUAAUGGUGAACACCUCAUUACGGUGCUCUUCCUGAAUAUAAUGGUCCAACAACUGGUCUGGAUCAUUCCCUCCAACACCCAGAAAGACAGUUUUCCAAAAAGGCCCAGAGGAGUGACUCCCCCAUAAUCCCCUUUCUUAAAGAUUGUAACUACCACCUUCUGUCUGCCCUAAUUGGAACAUUACAGUAAUGAUGAACAAGUUGCCAGAAACUCUUAAGUUAUCCUGGUUGUUUGGAGGAGAAACAUUUUCCGUUUUUUUUUGCCAUAUGAAGACUAAGACAUCUGCUUUGCUCCAAUGCUAUGUUCACUUGUCUUUUCCAUGUUGGAGAGUGGCAUAGAAGAAUGGGCUUUCAAAUUAAAAGUUGGAUUUUUCAAUUUCUCCAGGAAGUGAUGAUGCUACUGUAAUAAAGAGGCUUUUUACACAUUUUUAUCUGGUCUUAGGGACCAUAGCCGCCCGCUAAAAAUGCUUAUAACUGACUAUUUUAAUAGUUCUAACAAAAAUAUUCUUCAAUAUGCAUUAUUAUGCAGUGUGGAAACCGUCUUAGCGCUACCACAGAAGCUAACAUCUACAGUCUAUUUUAUCUCUGCUUUUGGGUGUUCAGCCAAUCAGCUGCAAGGAAAAUAAAUCAGCUGGGGAAGGCAUUUCAGCUUCCCCAGCUGCCUUUUCUUUUAAUUUUUUUUAGAUAUGCUCAACCAAAAAUAUGCAAAUAACUUGGAAUCACAUUCCACAGAAAAACAGGUGAGUAGGCGUGUAAAUCCAGUAAACCCAACUGACUGAACAAACCAAAGAUUAGAUGAUUCUUCUCUGUGAAAUGUAUAUUUUUCACUUCUGUACACUGACUGCAGCCCAUGGCACAUGAGUAUUAUCCAUUUAUCACUUUGCUACAAGAUGGAGAAUAUUUUAAAACUAUAUUUUAUAUCAAUAACAAAGGGAUAUUUAUUAGGUUUUUUAUUUUUUUUAAAUCAACUGCUUUUUUUACUCCGACUGUAACGUAUGAUGUGAUUUGCUUUCAAAGUUUGGGAGCACAGAUAUAAAAUGUAUGAACAGAUACAUAAGGAUUCAGCCAUUAACCUGCUGUGCACUGUUUUUAUUAUAACUUCAGCUGGAGAUUGUUUCUCUGUCAUCCUGGAAAGAGAUGUCAUGGUUGAAUAAACUUGUGUGG